CAUCGAUGAAACCUUGGCUCGGGUAGCGCAUGCGCGGUCAGAGGGAGAGGGUCGACGAAUCCCCGCUCAGGAGUCACAACCCGUGUUGCACCACCGGUGUCAUUCGUAAUUUGGGAUGCUUGAAGCACGAUGGGGAACUGCUAUCCUCAUUUAUAGAAUGACAGAACAAUUUGGAUAAAUGGCGAUUUUCAAAAGGAAACUGUACCAGCUAUGUUUUCUGUUUUUUGUUUUGUUUAUUCCACUAUCAGGUGUUUUUUGUUUCAGUGAACUCUCCUUCAUCAUCGAGCCCAGUGAUAUUACAGUGAUAUCCAAGGAUCCAGUGGUCCUGGACUGUGUGGCCCACGGACAGCCUCCCAUCGUCAUCGGAUGGCUGAGGAAUGGAGUCGGGCUAGCUGAGAGCGAGCGGCUUCGGUUCCUGUCCAACGGCUCACUGUACAUACUGGAGGCCAGGAGAGAUGGAGAAGGGUCGGACGGAGGGUUUUAUCAGUGCCUCUCCCAGAACAAAUAUGGAGCCAUCCUAAGCCAAAGAUCCCGCCUGACUAUCGCAAAUAUCUCACCAUUCGUGGUGCAGCCCGUGCCUUUGGAGGUGACCGAAGGUUCCGUGGCCAGGUUCACCUGCCAGGUGACCUCUAACCCUCCUGCCACCAUCACCUGGGAGCUAGACCAAAGCACACUACCGUUGGAGACAGACAGAAUCACAGUCCUGCCCAACGGAGCUCUCCAGAUUCAAAAUGUCCAACUAGAGGAUGCUGGGAAGUACCGUUGUGUGGCCACCAACAUCGGCAACCGCGUCAAGAGUAGAAAGGCAACGCUCUCCGUCAUCAACCAAGGUUCUGGCCCUAAACCGCGUCAGAGGCCCCGGAUCAUAGCGGGCCCCCAAAACAUGACUGCUUCCCUCCACUACACCGUGGUCCUGGAGUGUGUUGCUACGGGCAACCCCAGACCCAUCAUCUCCUGGAGCCGGGCCGACAGUAAACCCAUCGACGUGUUCAAUGCCAGAGUGCUGGGCAGUGGAAACCUGGUGAUCAGUGAUGUGAAGCCUCAGCACAGUGGAGUCUACCUCUGUAGAGCCACCACCCCAAGAACACGCAACUACACCAUCGCUACUGCCAACCUCACCGUGCUCGAGCCCCCAUCACUGGUGGAGAGACCCGAGAGCCAGACCCGUCCCAGGGCUGGCACUGCCCGCUUCGUGUGCCAGGCUCAGGGGGUGCCCCCGCCACGCAUCACCUGGCUGAAGAACGGAGAGGAGGUGCACCUGAACGGCAGGAUCAAGAUGUACAACAGUAAACUGGUGAUCACUCAGAUCACAACGGAGGAUGAUGCCAUCUACCAGUGUGUGGCGGAGAACGAGCAGGGCAGCGUUCUGUCCCUGGCACGCCUCAUCGUGGUGAUGUCUGAGGACCGGCCCAGCGCUCCCAGGAACAUCCACGCUGAAACCAUCUCCUCCUCAGCCAUCCUACUGGCCUGGGAGAGACCCAUCUACAACGUUGACAAAGUCAUCGCUUAUUCUGUACACUACAUGAAGGCUGAAGGACUAAACAAUGAGGAAUACCAGGUGGUGAUUGGCAACGACACGACCAGCUACAUUAUAGAUGACCUGGAGCCAGCCUGGAACUACUCUUUCUACAUGGUGGCCUAUAUGCCGAUGGGAGCUAGCCGUAUGUCUGACCAAGUCUGUCAACACACUCUGGAGGACGUGCCCCUGCGUACCCCAGAGCUCAGCCUGACCAGCCACAGCCCUACAGACAUCCAGGUUUUGUGGCAGCCUCUACCAACCAAACUGUCCCGUGGGCACAUCUGGGCCUAUCGUCUGUCCUACCGUACAGCUGCAGACGCCACGGUUCUGUCUGUGGAGCUGGCCCAAAACAGCACCCAGUACCUCCUGGGAGACCUUCAGCCUGAUACCGUCUACCUGCUCCGGAUCUCUGCAGCCACCAGGGUGGGGUGGUGUGAACCCUCCUCCUGGACCUCCCACCACACUCCCAAAACCUCCAGCAUCAAAGUGCCACCUGCCCCACUGCUGCAGCAACUGGAGCCUCUCAAUUGCACCUCCAUCUUGGUUCGGUGGCAGCCAUCUCCAGGCUCCGUGGUCGUCCAGGGUUACCGGCUCUGUUACCACGAGGAGGGUCAACCAGAACAGCCCUCCAUCCAGCUCCAGCCUGAGGACACAGAAUACACCAUCAGUGGUCUGGACCCAAGGCGGAAGUACCAGGUGAAACUGUUGGCAUUAAGCCUUGUAGGAGAUGGUUACCAGGCCGACCAGACUCUCAGCACCCCAGGAUGUGUGUCAAUCCGAGAUCACCCGGUGGCCCAGCCUCCAGCCCCGGACCAUGUGAGAGCGUUGGCUAACGGCUCGUCGGCGGUGUACCUGCGUUGGAGUCGUCCUGCCUUCGCCUCUAGGAAGGUUGUUAGCUACACCGCUCGCUGUACACCUGUGGGCCUGAUGAACGUAUCAGCCAUACGCUACAUACAGACUACCAAUCAGAAUGUGGCGAUACAGGGUCUGGAACCCAACACACGCUAUGAGUUAGUGGUGCGUCUCCAUGCCGACCAGCUGUCCAGUCCCUGGAGUUCUGUUGUCCACCAGAGGACCCUUCCUGCAGCGCCCAGUCGUCCACCUGAAGGUGUGAGGGUGUCUCUGAUUGAGGACGGCACAGCCCUGGUUUCCUGGAGGGAACCAGAGGAGAACAACCUGGCAGUGACACACUACACCAUCCUGUACGCCUCACAGAGGGCCUGGCUGGCCGGACACUGGCAAACACUGCAGAGGGAUGGAAGUAACACCAUGGUCCUGCUGGAGCGUCUGGAGCCUGGUAACGUCUACCUGGUGAAGAUCUCUGCCUCCAACCUGGUGGGAGACGGGCCCUUCUCUACCACUGUGGAGCUGGCCCUGGGGCCCGAGCCAAGACACAGAGGGAAGAGCCCCAGGCAUUCAGACAGCGGAUCCUCCUCAGACACUUCAGUGUUCUCUGAUGGCCAGUACCACAUGGUCCAGAAGUCCAUGACAGGCCUCAUGGUGGGGGUCUGCAUCACUCUGGCUUGUAUCGCCAUCUGUGCUCUCAUCCUCAUCAACAAAGGCAGAUCCAGGAAAUCGUCCAUCUGUAAGAUCAUGGACGUAGUGAACGGUGAGAGACCCCAUGGUCCACAUGCUGGUUUGGCCCUGGCCAAUGAACACCAGGCUGACAACAUAGAGGACCUGAUGCCUGUGAUGGCACAACACUUCAUUGAUGCCAAGGGUGGUUCUAACCUGGUGAUUAGUAGAAAAGGUCCAGUCAAUGGCAGCAACCGCGGUAAGAGAUGGCAAUUCUUCAAGAGGGAGAGACGUAAUACAAAUACAAGCCAGGCUGAGAACAGAGUGUGUCUGUACGAGGCAGGGAAGACCGUGCUGUGUUACGAGGAAAAGGUAGACGCCCCGCCCCUCCAGCCUUCCAGCCUGCAGAUCCUGUUUGGACCACUAGGGGGCUUACAGCGCUCCGUGGGUAGCAGUCGGGGAAGCAGCUCUGGGACCACUGAGACCAGCGAAGGAAGCCACGAGAUGGGAGACUCCGGUCACGAGAGUGAGAAUGAGUAACCCGUCCUGUAAUUCCAGCCAUCCAUCCUUCCGGUCAGAGUUGGAUGACAGCUCAACUCCAGAGGAUGAAGAGUGUUUUAGAAGCGGAGGAAGAAGGAAAUCCUGGUUUUAAAGUGGAAUCUGAGGUGACGACACCAAGCCCAACCCUUACCAUCAUCACCAUCGCCUCCACCGGCCUGAUCAUGACACUGUCCAGCGGCCCUCACGUCCCUGUUCCCUCUUGGCUGAGGAAGCUGCUUAUCCUGUCCAGGCCACCGUCCAAUCAGCAGGCUCCUCCUGACGAUAGACUACCCAGCCUGAAUGUGACUUAGCUACAGCUGAAGCUGCCCACUUCCCCCCCUUCUUGGCCUCCUGAAAACAGGUCCUUGGGCAUGGAACAUACGAGGAGUUAUGAAGAGGGAUCAGGAAGUUGAAGAUUGAGGAGGAAACCGGUGUUUUCUUCAGGUCUAAAUGAAUGUUGUUGUUAUCCUGUUUCAUUUUGAACUCAUUUUCAGUCUGUCUGGUUUGUCUGUUCGGUCUUUAGGGCUGUUUUUAAAAAAAAAACACAGAUCAAGCCUUGUCCUGGAUUGGUGACAGGUAUGUUAUGGUAUCCUGAAAAGCAUGUUGAGUGAUAUUCUCCAUUCAAAGUGGCUUCUUUGCACAGGACCCGGCUUAAUCUGUGUCCAGGGGGCAAUGAGUCCUUAAUGUAUGUUCUAAACCAAAGCUCACACCAAAAAUGAAAGUUCAAAAGAAUGUAAACAAAAAUGUAUUGCUUUUGUGAUACAUUUUCUAAUAUGUUAAUAUAGAUGUAUGUCUUCCUCUGAAGUAGAGGGUGUAGUUGGUGACCCCUCAUUGCUGAUUGUCUACCUCAGUGACUCUGAUUUGUAUAGAGUGCUACCUCAUCUUAACGGUAUAUUGUGGAGUACUGUAUAUAGUACUACCUCAUCUUAACAGUAUAUUGUGCAGUACUGUAUAUAGUGCUACCUCAUCUUAACGGUAUAUUGUGCAGUACUGUAUAUAGUGCUACCUCAUCUUAACGGUAUAUUGUGGAGUACUGUAUAUAGUACUACCUCAUCUUAACAGUAUAUUGUGCAGUACUGUAUAUAGUGCUACCUCAUCUUAACAGUAUAUUGUGCAAUAUUUCCCCAUAACUCAGGGAAUGAAGUUGAAAACAUUUAAAAGCCAUUUUUUCUUACCUGCAUUAAUAUCCUGCAGGAAUGAUUUAGGCUUAAUUUGUUUUUGAAGAUUUGUGAAAAUUCCUUUUUUAAUUAUUAGUUGUUUUUUACAAGGUUGGAAAAGCUUUUAAGUUUUGAAUGAUGAGUCAGUAUAGUUCUACUAUUUAAGUGCAUUAGAUAUCAUCAUUCUCUAUUUGAGUAAGAUAAAGUAACCAAACAUAAACAUUUAACUGGCAUUUCCAGUGCACCCAACCUUAAAAGCUUUAAAAUGGCCUUAUAACGUGGAAAAUGGCUUUGCAGAUGGUCGUAGAUAUAGAGAUCCAAAGAAAAAGUUGUUCGCCUAUAAGUAAACAAAACCUCAAAAGCAACAACAACAACAAAUUCUACAUGCAAUAGGCAUACAGACUAUGCCAAAAUCAUGGGUUCCAUGUACAACCGUUUCCACAGAGUUCUACACGGAACUCAAAAGGGUUCUACACGGAACUCAAAAGGGUUCUACCUGGAACUCAAAAGGGUUAACCUAUAAGGACAGCCAAAGAACCCUUUUGGAACCCUUUCUCCUAAGAGUGUUUGUCUAUUCCUCUUUGAGUUGAAUGCAUUUCUUAUUGUACAUUUCAAGACGAGUUUUAUCCCUGGUUGAAAGCUUUAACUCUUUGUCUUUCAGACGAUUGUUCUCCGUUUGCAUUCUAUCUAAAUCACUGAUACUAAACGCAGCAGUGACACAGAUGUCCCACUGAGCAAAAACUGAUUCAAUCAAUGUUGUUUCCACGUCAUUUCAACAACAAAAAAUGCAAUGUGAUAACAUUGAAUCAACGUGAAAAACGGAUUGAAUUUGAAAAAAAGUCAUCACUGUAAAGAGAAUUUCAUAUUUUUUCAGCUUUUAACCGAAGUCCAAUGUAUUGGCAAAAUGUUUUUGUUUGUUGAUUUCAUGUUGAAUUCAUGUUAGUUGACAACUCAACCAGAUGUAAUUCAAAACUAGACGUUGAACGUUGACGUCUGUGCCCAGUAGGGUGCUAUCAGAUGCCUUCUAUCUAGAUCAUUGAUGCUAAAAUCAGCGGUGACACAGAUGUGCUAUUAGAUGCCAAAGAGUCCUUCAGAUAAAUCAGAUGGGAGGACUUCAGAUUGAUCCUUGGAAUGAUGUCAUUUGAAGCCAGGUUGGGGAUCGGUUCCAUUUCAAAUGUCAAUUAUGGGAGUAAACUGACAUUCCAAUGCCUUUUAAAUGAGCAAAGUUGGCAUUUAGAAUUUUUGUUAACUUCCAGAAUUGAUUGGAUUGGAAUGGAAUUGAGUCCAACCCUGAUAGUAUUUGCUACUCACACAGGACCAAAGAAUCCAGUCAGUGUAUUAACAGUGAUAGUAGGUGAAUUAUUAUUAUUUAUUUUUUUUCCGGGGGAUUUUUCAUCCAUCAACCAGAUUCUAACCUGGCAACUACGAUAUUCGGUAUUCUAACCUUGUUAUGACUAUAUUCUAUAUUUCAGUGUGACAAUACGACAAGGAUUCUGACUAUCAAAUCGAUAACGACUAUGUGUGAAGAGCAACACAAUCAAGUUUUAUAUCUUUGAAAAGCAAUUCAUCUUAACCAAAGACUAAUUUAAAGUCACCGUUGUUUAUUCAUUAGUUCUUUGGUUUUAUUUUAAUUUUUUUUACAUAACAGUAUUUGCAUAAUGUUUUAUGUUUCUAGGAUUUUGAUUCACUGGAAAGGGCAUUUUAUAGUCGAUUCUUUGUGGUGCCAAGUUCCCUUUUUUUUUUGAGCAGCUUGAGAGGUCAAAAAAUGGUUCCGUUUAGUUGUCGAUAUGAUUGUUGUUCAAGAGAUUUCACCUUAAAGAACUUAAAAGUUAACUUUGGGACUUUUUAAAACAUUUUGUUAUUGUUUUGUUCUUUUAGGAUAAUUUUAUUGAGUGUUAACGCAUAUUUUUCAUAGAUGGAUAUAAGAAAAGAUUGGGCUAUUUUCCCUCUUGUCUGUGUUCUCAAAGCCUGUGCCCAGUGGCAGGUUAGUCAGUGAGCCUGUUGCCUGUUGCCUUUUGCAGGACACCAAUUGAACAUUUUGAGUGUGUUGCUUAUUUUUAUUAUUUGGCUCAUUUUUUGUUAUAAUUUCCUGCGUUUGUAAUGCAUAUUUACCAUAUCAUUUUGUAUUUUUUUUAUCUCAAUUGUUAAAACAAAGGUGUUUCUGUGUCACAAUGCACAAGCCAAACUGUUUGGUCCUCUCAAGAUUGUCUCAUCAUUUGAAUAAAACUGUUCCUGAAAAACUA